CGUUGAUAUGUUCCAUCUCUCUUCCAUACAAUAACAUGCUUCAAUUGAGAAGUCGUGUCUUCUUCCAUCUUCAAUGUCCGCCAGCACGACGGUGAGCAAUGUUGCUUCCUCGUCCAAGUCCGGAGACAAUACUUCACAUGGCGGGAAAGAUACGGUAGCGACUGCCUCGAAGGGAGGACAAAACUACAAGGGAUUCGUAGCAGGAGUCUUCUCGGGAAUUGCGAAGCUGUCCGUCGGCCACCCCUUCGACACAAUCAAAGUCCGCCUCCAAACCUCCACCACAUCCCAAUUCAAAGGCGGCGCAGAUUGCCUCCUCCAAACCCUCCGCAAAGAAGGCGUCAAUGGCUUGUACAAAGGUGCCACGCCACCCCUGAUCGGCUGGAUGUGCAUGGACUCCAUUAUGCUCGGUUCUCUAACCCUCUACCGCCGCCUCCUCAACGAACACGUCUUCCAACCUCUCCGCGCUCGACCCGCGCAUAUCGCCUACUAUCCCGAAAUGACGCCCGAAGACCGCGCUCGCCUCCCCGUGAUCGGCCACGGUAUGGCGGGCAUCCUCGCCGGCUGGACCGUUUCGUUCGUCGCCGCACCGGUCGAACACGUCAAAGCCCGCUUGCAAGUACAGUAUCAAGCCACCAAAGCCGAGCGAGCGUACUCCGGGCCCGUCGACGCUACGAAGAAGAUCUUCGCCCAGCACGGGAUGAGAGGGUUGUAUCAUGGCCUUUUUGCGACGCUGGUAUUUCGCACGUUUUUCUGCGCGUGGUGGGGAAGUUAUGAUGUGUUCACGAGGUACUUUGAGCGGAAUACGGGGUGGAGUCAACCGGCGGUGAAUUUUUGGGCGGGAGGGUUGUCGGCGCAGGUGUUCUGGUUGACGAGUUAUCCGAGUGAUGUGGUCAAGCAGAGAAUUAUGACGGAUCCGUUGGGGGAGGGGAGGAGAUUUCCAAGGUGGAGGGAUGCGGUUAGGGAGGUUUAUCGGGAGACGGGGUGGAAGGGAUACUGGAGAGGAUUUGUGCCGUGCUUUCUGAGGGCGUUCCCGGCGAAUGCGAUGGCGUUGGUGGCAUUUGAAGGUGUUAUGCGAGCGCUCAAGUGA